UUUGUUGUUUAGGACAGCAGCCUUCCACAAACCACACCCUUGGCAAGGGUACAAUAGUAAUUUUUGAGCCACAUUAACAUAUACGUUUGAGUGCCCAUGACGACGGGCGGGAACUCUGCGUCCAUUGCAGCCAACACACCGCGCAUUUCAAGUUUUAAACUCAGCUUUCCGCCAUCACAAAACUGACGAUCAAGCUCUGCAUUUCCUCAUAAAACCCUAAUUGUCCCCACUAGAGGAAUGACUCUCGAGCUCUGUGUUUCCUGAGAGAACUCUAAUCGCUGAUCAUUAGAGAAAUUUAGCUCAGGGUCUCCUGCAUAUCAGAAAACCCUAAUAUUUGGAUAGUAUAGCAACGAUGCUGAAGAUCUUUGUUUGCCUAGAGCCAUGCAUUUUAGAGCGAUGAACCUCAAGCUCUACUUUCAUUUGUAAACCCUUUUUUCCCGUUUGUACCAUUAGAGCAAUGAUGCUCAAGCCCUGUGUUAUCCCAGCAAAAGCAUCACACUAAUUGUCACAUUAUAUCAUUGUGUUGUUGUUUUUGGAGGUUCACCUCAUGGAUUCAUUUAUUUCUCGCCUGAGCUCUGGUCCUGCUACCCGGAAACCUUUUCCCAGUUUCAGGGCUCGUUGGAAAUGGUUCUCAGUUGAAAUAAAUGGGCGGAUGCCCUAUGACUACAAACACCACCUUAGCAGCCUCUUGUUCCGAUCUUACUCUCAGAUUGAUGAAAUCAACUGUGGGCAACCUACGAAUUUGAGAAAUGACCCUGAGAUACUGGGAGUUCCAGUACGUUUCCUAGAAUCUGUUCUCAGAAGGGAUGGUAUAUCAGCACUUGAAUUUGACAUGAAGGGAGUGUACUUGGCAUCAACAAGAAGGCUAGGAUAUUUGGCUGUGUAUGACUUUCAAGCUCUAUCAUCUGGAUACAAUGACAAUGCAUCAGCAGAAUUGCUGAACCUUUCUGUUGAUCUGCAACUUGAUGUUGUUCGAUGGAAUCGUGCCAACCAAGAUGAGGUUGCAUGUGCAUCAGAGCGUAGUUCUAAAGUUUUUAUAUUUGAUAUUGGCUAUGUUUCUGCAGAACCAUCUGUAAUCUUGAGCAAAAAGCUAAUUUCUACCAUGGAACGUGGUGAAGGAUUGAUAGGUAUUUCGGAUUUAACUUUUUUCCUAAAUGACAAAUCAAGAGUGCUUGCAUCUGGUAUGGAUGGGGUUCUUUACAUAUGGGAUAGGAGGAUGAAUAACUUUCCAUGUCUUGAGAUCAGCAUUCCCAAUCCUGGCAAGCAACUUAAUAGCUUAGAAUUGAGUAUGGAUGAGCAGAUCGUAUAUGGGGCAUGUGAUGGUGGCAAUAUCUACGCUUGGGAUCUUCGAGGUGGAAGAACAUCUGCCGCUUUUUUGAGUCAUAAAGAGGUGUAUCAUCCUCCUUUGACAUCUAUUAAGCUUUCAUCCCUGAUAGACCAAAUAACGCCGUUGAAGGAACAAUCAAGGAUUGUACCAAGGGCCAUUCACUCAAUUAACCUCGAUCCAUCUUGCCCAUAUCAACUGGCAUUUUCUCUAGAUAAUGGUUGGUCUGGGGUUCUGAACUUGUUUAGUUUAAGAGUAACACACAUGCAUUGUCCCCCUCCUUGGUUAAAUUUGCCAAAGGCUGAAGACAAUUUUAUUCUGCUUAAAAGAAAACCAUCAUGGCUGCCAUCAAGUUCGAUAUUCGCCAGUGCAUCAUCCUCAGGGAAAGGGAUUCAUCUUUUAGAUUUCCAUCCAAAUCCUAGCUCAGCAUGUCAUGUAGACUACAAUGAGGAAACAGAGACUGGUAUCGGACAACGGGGAUGGCGGGCAACUAAUGUGUUCGUUUCAUUAUCGAAGGAGGCCACAGUGUGUGCAGCACAUCCCCUCGAGACUACCAUCAUUGUGGGAACCAAGGAUUCCUUAUUGCUCACUGUCUCCCAAAAGUUUGAGUCCUCGAGCUGCUCAAGCAUGUCUAGUGAGAGGUAAUCCUGUAGCCUGCACAUAUCAUACACAACAUGUGUGGUAGUCAUGGACAGUCCAGAUCUAUUGGGAUACAGAAUCUGGACUGUGCAUUGUGGAAAUUGUCUUUGUGAUCGUGACUAUUUGAAUCUCUGAAAUGGGUGCCAUGACCAUGUCUAUUACUUUGAGAAGAUCUUUAACAAAUUCUAUGAUUUCAAUCUGGUAUCAUACACUAACUUGUGUAGGUUGUAUUUGCAGUAUAUAAUUUGUCCUCUUGCAAAAAGCCAACAGAUUUUGAAAAAUCCUGUGAUCAUAUGGGAAAUACUGAUAUCUGACAUGACAGCCUGUUUAAUUGUCUUGCAUGAGCUUCUCUUCCUAUAUAUUAUUAUUGUAUUUUACUAUUA